CAAAGCACUAACUCUAUUGUUUACCUUAUUAAACAAUUUCCAUAAGUAACUAAAUGAUCAAUCAAUUACUAAAAUUAUUGAACUUCCUAUAUAUAUGGCUUGUCAACACAACUUAAGAAACAUAAAAGAAUUAAAACAAAAUGGAAGUUUCAUCACAUCAUGUGGUUCUCUUCCCUUACAUGUCAAAGGGCCACACAAUCCCUCUCCUCCAAUUUGCUCGUCUCCUCCUCCGUCACCGCCGCAAACAACAAACAAUCUCCAUCUCCGUCACCGUCUUCACCACUCCCAAGAACCAACCUUUCGUCUCCGACUUCCUCUCCGCCACGCCGGAGAUCAAAGUCAUAUCUCUCCCUUUCCCGGAAAACAUCUCCGGAAUCCCUCUCGGCGUCGAGAGCACAGACAAGCUCCCUUCUAUGUCACUAUACGUUCCCUUCACGCGCGCCACGAAGUUUCUCCAACCGUUCUUCGAAGAAACACUCAAGAAUCUUCCAGAAGUUUCCUUCAUGGUCUCUGAUGGGUUCCUUUGGUGGACAUCAGAAUCAGCAGCUAAGUUCAAGAUUCCAAGAUUGGUCUUCUACGGCAUGAACGCUUACGCCUUUGCCAUCCCCAUGUCUUCCUUCAAACACAAACUCUUUACCGAACCGGAGACUGAAUCUGAUACAGAACCGGUCACUGUACCGGACUUUCCAUGGAUCCGGAUUAAGAAGGGUGAUUUCGUCCAUCGUUCUCAAUCGGGUCCAGCGACCGAACUGUUCAUGGAUCAAAUCAUGUCGAGCAAUACAAGCCAUGGUUUUAUAGUGAAUUGCUUCUACGAGCUUGAGUCACCAUUCGUUGAUUACAACAACAGUUCUGAUAGGCCCAAGUCGUGGUGUGUUGGGCCGUUGUGUUUGACAGAUCCUCCUAAACCGGACCGUGCUAAACCAGCUUGGAUUAACUGGUUGGACCGGAAAGGAGAGGAAGGACGUCCAGUUUUAUACGUGGCCUUUGGAACGCAAGCAGAGAUAUCGAACAAGCAGCUCAAGGAACUAGCUUUGGGCUUGGAAGAUUCCAAGGUAAACUUUUUAUGGAUCACAAGAAAAGACGUGGAAGAGAUUAUGGGAGAAGGAUUCAAAGAUAGAUUAAGAGAGAGAGGGAUGAUAGUGAGAGAAUGGGUGGACCAAUGGGAGAUAUUGUCACAUGAAAGUGUAAAAGGAUUCUUGAGUCACUGUGGAUGGAACUCAGCACUAGAGAGUAUAUGCAUUGGGGUCCCAUUACUGGCUUGGCCGAUGAUGGCUGAGCAACCACUCAACGCGAAGAUGGUCGUGGAGGAGAUAAAGGUUGGAGUAAGAGUUGAAACCCAAGACGGGAGUGUUGAAGGAUUCGUGACAAAAGAGGAACUAAGUCGAAAGGUUCAAGAACUGAUGGAAGGAGAAACAGGAAAAACCGCAAGAAAGAAUGUGAAAACAUUCUCAAAUAUGGCAAAAGAAGCUUUGGUCCAAGGGACUGGUUCGUCUUGGAAGAAUUUAGAUUUGAUUUAUGAAAAGUUUUGUAGUAGAGAGCCAAACGAUGCCAAUAAGCAGUUAGUAGAGUGAUUCUGAAUUGGAUAACCAAGCCAGUUUUAGAUCAGUUUGUACAAUAAAAUCAAUUAUAAAUAUUGGUUUCCAAAUCAAUAUUUACUAAUUGAUAGAUGUUUUGGAAUUUUCACAUAUAUUAAAAAGAUAAAUUAAAAUAUUUUUAUAAAUAAAAUAUCUUUUGUGAUCACUAUUCUUUUAUAAUUUUAAA